CACUCAUAUACCUGCCACUUCUUAACCUUCUCCUCUUUUAUCUCUCUACCUAUUUUGCUUCUUCAUUUUUCUCUUAACUUGUUCAUUCAUUAUUCUUCACCCCUUUUUUUGCCAUCAUCAUGUGUUUUCUUCUUCAUAUUCAAACCAACACAAUUACCGACAUUUUUAUCAAAAUAUUUGUCACAUGCAAGAAAACAUCUUCUUCUGAUAUUUAAUAUAAUAUAAAAUAAUUAUAUCUAUAUGUCAUGAUGUCAUUCACGUUCUUGGGUUGGCCUAAUUGCUACCUUUUUUCUUGGAUCAAGUGCAAACCAUGUUUUGUAUAGCUGUUUAUUGCUGUGUGUGAUCAAAGUGGGAUUGUUUCAAAAUGGCUUCUUUUUUGUAUGUGGUUGUGAAAGUACUUAUUUGAACAUUUUUUUUUCUAACUUUUGUGAAAUUGGGUCAUAUAAAAAACAAAUCUUUUGUUUGUUGGAUUGGAUGAAUUAUGUAAUGGGAGAAAGAUGGCGCCGUGGAAUUUUCGUCGAAGGUAGCAACUAGAUUAAGUAGUGAGUGUUUCAUGGAGGAUCAAAAUGAUGAUACCUUGGGGAAUUUGAAUCAGAAUAUUGUUGGCAAACCUCCGAGGGAUCAUUCCGUUGCUAUGCGUCAUUGUAGCAGCUCUUCAUGGUUGGCUGAUUCGGAAUCAAAUAUUAAUGUUAUUGGUCUUAAACCAAACACAGAAGAUAAAUCAGAGUUUCCACUUAUAUUGAGAUCUGGAAGCUGUUCUGAGAAAGGACCAAAGCAAUUCAUGGAGGAUGAGUUUAUAUGUGUCGAUAUUCUUCGCGAAUCUGUUCCUAAACAACCAGACCUACCAUCUCCAUCAGCAUUUUAUGGGGUAUUUGAUGGACAUGGGGGUGUUGAUGCAGCAUCAUUUAUCAAAAAGACUAUCCUUAACUUUAUAGUUGAAGAUUCUCAAUUUCCAACUAGCAUUAAGAAAGCAGUUAAGAGUGCAUUUGUGAAAGCUGAUCAUGCAUUUAGAGAUGCCAGUUCUCUUGAUAACUCUUCAGGAACCACAGCUCUAAUAGCCCUUGUUUUGGGAAGGGCCAUGCUGAUUGCGAACGCUGGAGAUUCACGUGCAGUACUAGGAAAACGGGGCAGAGCAGUUGAACUAUCUAAAGACCAUAAACCAAACUGCACAUCUGAAAAAUUAAGAAUUGAAAAACUAGGUGGUGUUAUCUAUGACGGAUACCUAAAUGGACAACUAUCCGUGGCGCGUGCACUAGGAGAUUGGCACAUAAAAGGCACAAAAGGUUCAAAAAGUCCCUUAAGUUGUGAGCCAGAGUUAGAGGAAAUUGUCCUAACAGAAGAAGAUGAGUUUUUGAUAUUGGGGUGUGAUGGAUUAUGGGAUGUUAUGAGUAGUCAAUGUGCAGUUACAAUGGUUAGAAAGGAACUUAUGCAACAUAAUGAUCCUAACUUAUGUGCUAAGGUACUUGUAAAUGAGGCACUUCAAAGAAACACUUGUGAUAAUUUAACAGUUGUUGUGGUUUGUUUCUCUAAAGAUCCACCUCCUAAGAUUGAAAUUCCUAGAUCACAUAGGAGAAGGAGUAUUUCUGCUGAAGGUCUUGAUCUACUCAAAGGUGUGUUGAAUGGUAGAUGAAUGAAUAAGAUUUUAUUUUGAAAACUCGGUAUUCAGUAUAAGGACUGACUAAUUCGAGAUGACCAAUCUUACCGCCCACUUGUUGUGGGGCCCUUUAAACCUCCGUUUAAGAUUUGAUUAGUGAUUUGUACAGAUUGAGUUGUUGGGUGCUCAUACUAAAUAUAUUAUAGAAAUCUAAUUCAAUUUUUGAGAAAUGGUCUCAUCAAUAAGUCUCUCUUAGCCAAAGUCAUGAAUUGCAUAAGAACAUAGCAAUUCAAUUUUGAAGAACUAUGAAGUAAAUUAGUUAAUCUUUUGUAUGUUUUUUACAUUUAUUAUUAGCUUGUCUUUCACAA